AUGGGGUUACCAGAUGAUUCCUUCAAGCAAGGCGUCCAGCACGUCGAGCAGAACAAUGCAGUCAGCGACGCAGUCAAGGCCGUAGAGAAUCGUGACCUAGAGCGGAUCGAGGAAACCAAACCAGGUACCUUUGUCUGGCUCUGUGUUGCGGCAACCGCGAUCGGGGGCAUGCUCUUUGGCUACGAUACUGGCGUCAUCUCCGGAGUCCUUGUUGUUAUCGGCCAAGACCUCGACAACAAAGACCUUACUCACUCAGAAAAGGAGUUGAUCACGGCAGUCACCGCAGCUGGAGCCUUGAUCGGCGCCGUCAUUGCCGGUAUUACUGCUGACAAGUACGGAAGAAAGCCUGCUAUCUGGUUCGCCUCUAUACUCUUUACGAUCGGUGCCCUGCUCCAGGCUACCUCUUUCACGAUUGCGCAAAUGACCGUUGGUCGACUUGUGAUCGGAUUUGGUGUCGGCUCUGCAUCCAUGAUCGUACCAUUAUACAUCGCAGAGAUUUCCCCUGCCAGAUUCAGAGGCCGAAUGAUCUCAAUCGACAUGAUCUUCCUCGGUGCCGGAUCUGUGCUUGCGUACGCUUUCGCCGCAGCCUUCAACACGACCGCACACGGCUGGAGAUACAUGGUUGGGAUUGGCGGUGUCCCUUCAAUCAUACUCGGUAUUCUCCUUUUCUGGUGUCCAGAGUCACCUCGUCAACUCAUGUUUCACGGCCACCGAGACGACUGUAUCCGGGUUCUGAGACAGAUCUAUCCCAAUGGCAGCGAAGAUGAAAUCGCAGACAAAGUGAUUUCUAUUGAGCGCGGCGUCAACCAAGCCAAGGUCCUCAACGAAGAGAUUUCCCUCCGAAAGUCCGUCACCAGCCUAUUCAAGGUCCCGGCCAAUUUGCGAGCAGUCACUUCAGCUUGUGGCCUUAUGGCUGCGCAACAGCUCUGCGGGUUUAAUACACUUAUGUAUUACAAGUCUCAAGGCCUAUUCCAGAUCGUCGGCUUCUCGAACCCUGUUGCUGUUGGAACCGUUGUAGCAGGCACCAACUUCAUCUUCACAGUCUUGUCAAUCUUCCUCAUUGACAGAAUCGGCCGGCGAAGAAUCCUGCUCUGGACCAUGUGGGGUAUGCCUGUCUGCCUCGCCGUUGCCGCCAUUGCGUUCCAUUGGAUCCCCUUGGACAACAACACUCUAGAGCUGACCACCAAGGAAGUGGGCUGGCCCGCAACCCUGGUCCUGGUUGCAAUGAUUAUGUUCGUGGCCUUCUACGCUGCCGGGUUGGGUUCUAUGGGAACCAUGAUGAUCAACAUCUUCAAUUGGGGCCCGAACAUCAUCGUCUCCUCAACCUUCUUGUCAAUGAUGCGAGGUAUGACCCCAUCAGGCACGUUUGGUCUAUACGCUGGUUUGUCUUUCUUGGGCUGGGUGUUUGUGAUCUUCUGCUUCCCUGAAGCAGCAAACAUGACGUUGGAGGAGAUCAGGGUAGUUUUCGAGCAUGGAUUUGGCGUGAGAUAUGCCGAGGAAUGGCGAAAGCAGAGGAAGCUUGACGUUCAAGCCCGGAAGGAGGAGAAUACCGUGUGA